AUGGCCGAUUGGGACGUCGCGCCGGUACGCGCAUACCUCGAGGCACUCUUGCCUGUAGUCCUAAAUGCUCAACCCGAAAAUGUGCGGGCAUCGCUGGCCGAUAACGAGUCUUGGGUAGAUGUGGCUGUGUCCUUUGUGCAGGAUGCAUCGGAGACCGUUGUUUUCGUUGAUCAGACGGAUCCGGACACAUGUACGCGCUAUACCUUAUCUAAGAGCCCUACUUGGUCCCAGAAAUGUGUUUCUAUGUUGGCGCUGGUGAAGCGGCAAGCGGUGCUUGAUCUGCAUGCGCCACUUGCCUCCCAGGUGCGUGUCGUGACAUUGCAAGCCCCACGACCUGAGCAUGCAUCAUCAGAGGACGUGGCGCAGAUGUUGGAGACACCCUACGAAACCAUGGAGCACGUCGUGCAUAAUGUCAUGACACCAUGGAUCGACGCUUACGUGGCUGGCCACGCUGACGAGACCAAUACCAAAGAUGAAGAAGGCAAGACGGGCAUGCUGUUGAUUCGACGCAAGCUCGCAGAGCUAGAGCUCAGCCUGCGACACGCACAGCAGGAUGUGGAAAUUCCGCAUGUCGUACUCAGCAUUCAUCCGGCGAUCCGCGCGGCCUGUGAGCGCGACGCGCGUGGCAUCGAAGCCAUUCAGCCGCCAUCUCUGCUGGAGGACGACGCCUUUAUCAAUCAGCUGCAUGCCGAGAUGAAUGGCUGGGUUCGUGCCGUGCAGACGAUCACCAAGUUGGAUUACAACACGGCGGCUGGUACGACGAUGCAAGAGAUCAACUUUUGGGCUGCGAUGGAAAAGGCGUUGGAGGACCUUGAACGCCAGUUGCAUGCGCCUGAAAUUACACUCACGCUCGACGUACUCACGCAUGCAAAACGUUUUCAUGCCACCGUCUCAUUCCAUGCUGACACCGGUCUGAAAGACUGUGUCGAGAAAGUGCAUGGCUACAACGUCCUCUUGAAAGACUUGCCCAUUGGCGAGUUGCUCGCUGCCUCCUCCCUCGAUGCCUUGGCCGAAGCACAACGCAGCGUAUGCACCAUGAUGAACAAAAAGCUGCGUCUAAGUACAUACCCCGUGCGUCGCGCUCUUGCCUUUGUUGAUGCACUAGGCCGUGACGUGCAUCAGUGCCUGCUCCGUAUCCUAUCGACGGAGCCACUCAUGGAGCAGGACUAUGAAACAUUCGCUGCGACCCAUGCAGCCGUCGAAGCCGUGCUGGACGACUGGGACGAGCAAGUCAAGGAGUUUGUCUAUGUCGCUCGUGACUUGACCCGGAAACGGGCAGAAAAGUUUAUUCCGAUCAAAGUCGCAGCGCCGCACAGUGCUUUACGGACUCGACUUGCCUAUCUUGGCCGCUUACGACGCGCGCAUGAAGAGCUGGUCGGCAUGGUCGAUGUCGGCACUGUGAGUGACGCCCUCGACGCUUCGAGCGAGCAGACCGCGCACGAAAUUCGCGGAGCUUUCGCAGCGUUUCGUGGCGUCGACGUGCUCGACGUGUCAGAGCAUGGCACAGCAGCACUCGCCCUAGCCGAAAAAGCGUAUCACGAGCGCAUUGCGCACGUCGAGUCACGCCUGAUCGAGCGCCUACGUCUGCAGAUCGGGCAAGCAAGCUCCGCGCGAGAGCGCCUACGCACGCUUGCGCGCUUCAACAAGCUGUUUUCUCGGCCGCGUGUGCGUGCCGCCGUGCAGGAGUACCAAGCGGUGCUGCUUCAAAGUGUGCGAGGCGACUUGGAUGCUCUGCGCGCACGAUUCCAGGCAGGAUAUCGCGACUCGAACGCACACGUUGCGGCGCAACUUCGAAAUGAGCCUGAGAUCGUAGGUGCCAUCAUCUGGGUCGACGAGCUGGAGCGCCAGCUCCAUUUGUACAUGCAGCGUGUCCAAGACGCCUUGGGCGAGGGAUGGGCUGACCAUGUGGACGGCCAACGGCUGUACGAAGAGAGCCAGGCGUUCUUGCCGAAACUGGAUACGCGGCCGUUGGUCCAGGCAUGGGCGCAAGAUAUGAGCCGCCGAGCGACGCUACCAGCAGGUGCUGUGUUGCGCGUGGUACGGGACCGUGAGAAGGAUACGUUGCGGCUUAUGGCGAACUAUGAUGCGCACACGCUCGCACUAGCCAACGAAGCACAUGCACUGGCGAUGCGCGGCAUAGUCGUGCCUCAGGCUUUGGCGAGCCUCGCGCAAGACGCGCAGCGCAUAUCGCCUUUUGCCAUGGCCGUCGACAGUGCUUUGCAUACGCUCGACAAGAUUCAUGCUCAGAUGACGGUGCAUCCUUUCGUGGCGCGUCUGCUGGCCAAGACACAGUUGCAUGUGCGUGCGCAGCUGCAGCAAGUAUGGUCGUGUCAAUGGGAGCGAUUUUUGGAUGGUCUUUCGAUGCAGGACAAUCCACAGGCCGAAGUCGUCGAUGCGUUUGUACGAGCUGUGGUCCAGUACGAGACGCAGGCCGCGCACGUCGCGGGCGGCGUUGAUGAGCAGAUCGAGACUCUGCUCGAGCAGCUGCACACGUGUGAUUAUGUGGAUGAAACGAUACGCGGCGUGCUUGGCUCGCUGCAGCGACUGGUCGAUUCGUUGGCGCAACACAACUAUGUCAAUGUAGAUGCGUUUGUACGCGGUCUGCAAGAGCGGCUCGACUGCAUUCUCCAUCGACGCGUCGAAGAUGCUUUGGCAUCCUUUACCGCGUCGCUGGACUCCAUGCACGUGGAUGGCGACACGCCGGUGGUCCAGGUCGUGCUGCGCGCCCAGACGCUCCAACUGGAGCCCGCUCUGGACAUGGCGCGUGCGCAUUGGUUUGAUGCGUUUGGGACGUGUCUCGAUACCGUUCUUCUGCAGCCGCGUCUGUACGUCACGCAACGCACGCUUGAGCUGCGAGAGCGGUCUGUUUCGACGCAUCGCGACUUGUUGCGAGCUAUUCCGCCUGCGGCGCUACAGGCUCCCCUGCGCCGGAUCCAGGCUGCUCUGGCGGAAGCGCAUGUGUACGCGAUGCAAUGGCUUGAGCUGCAAAUACUUUGGGAUGCAGAACCAGAGAGUGCGGCGCCAACCGAUGACUUGGAGGCAUGGCUUCAGCUCAUGGAGCGCGUGCGUGAGACGCGCGCGUUUGUCAGCGCCGCGCCUCGUCGUGCAUUUGGUCUCGUGCAUAUUGACGCCACGCCUGCACAGGCACGCGUAGCUGCACGACUCGAUGCGUGGCAGGCGGCUUUCCAGACGCGCUGGGCCGAGGUGGUUCAGGCGGCGAUGCACGAGAUGCACGAGCAUCUGGCUCGGGGUCGGCGUGAAUUGGAGCCGCUGAGCGCGACGCACUCGUCGACGUCACACGUCGUUACGCUGAUCACUCGCACAGCGGCAUGGAAGCACGAAAUGAGGGCGUGUGAGGCGCGUGUCCAGCUGCUGGCCCGAUCCGAGCAGGAAUGGCGCGCGCAGCGAAGCCCAUGGCCGGCGGAUUGGCUGUAUGUGGAGCAGCUUCAGGGCGCCUGGACGACAUUGGAGCAGCUGCUGGCCUACAAGCAGACGGCGAUAGAGGCGCAGCACGAAAGUCUGCAGGUGCGAAUGGCCAGUGAGACGCGGGCCGUGCAAGAGCAGAUGGAUGCGCUGCGCACGGCGUGGACAACAGAGCGACCGACGUCAGGUGCGCUGCCCGUGGCGGAGGCACUGCGAGUCCUGGGCGACUUUGCGUUGCGCAUGGCUGCCUUGGAGCGGACGCAUCACAUGCUCGCUGAUGCCCGCGACGCGUUUGGGCUCGAAGCGCUGGAUGCGUCGGUACUGACGGAGAUGGCCGAAGAGAUGCAGGGUCUCGAGUCCGUGUGGAAGGCGCUGGCCGAGAUUGGGUCCGGACUCGACGAGCUCAAAGCGACGCCCUGGAGUCAUGUCCAGGUGCGGCAGGUGCGGCAGCGUCUUGAAUCGCUGCUGCGCGAUUGCCGUGGGCUUCCGACGCGCAUGCGCUCGUAUGAGGCCUACGAGGCCGUGCACGACGAGCUCCAAUUUCUCGUGGCGCACGUCAAAGUGCUGGGCGACCUGCGCUCCGAUGCCUUUCAAACGCGCCACUGGCGCGCAUUGCAUGCGCGCCUCCAUGCGCCGCGGUACAUUCCGAGCUCACAUACGCUCGGUAGCGUGUGGGCGCUGGACUGGCGCGCUCAUCUGCCGCUGAUCCGCGCGGCCAUUCACGAUGCUCAGGGCGAAUACGCUCUGGACGUGUACUUGCAGCAGGUGCGCGAGGCAUGGACAGGGUACGCGCUCGAGCUCGUUGACUACCGCCACGUAUGCAUGCUUCUGCGCGGCUGGGAUGCCCUGUUCCUACAGGCCAACGAGCACGCCGGCGGCCUGCGGGCGAUGGCCGCGAGUCCGCAUUAUCGCGUGUUUGAGGAAGAGGCGCAGAUGUGGGAAGAGCGCCUGGCCCGCAUUCAGACCGUCUUUGAUCUGUGGGCCGACGUGCAACGGCAGUGGGUGUACCUGCAUGGCAUCUUUGCCGGCGCAGGCUCCGAGGCCAUGACGCACAUCUUGCCUGUGGAAAGUGCGCGCUUCCAAAGUAUCAGCAGUGAGUUUCUGGCCCUGCUCAAAAAGGUGCUGAAAGCGCCCUACGUACUCGACGUGAUUGCGGUGCCGGGCAUGCGCGCCUCGCUCGAGCGCCUCGCCGAGCUCUUGCACCGGAUCCAGACGGCGCUUGGCGAGUACCUCGAGCGCGAGCGUGGACGAUUCCCGCGGUUCUACUUUGUCGGCGACGACGAUCUCCUCGAAAUGCUCGGACAUGGACGAGAUAUCCCGCACGUGUCGAGGCAUUUGUCCAAGAUGUUUGCUGGCUUGGCCACGGUGCAUGCGGACGGCUCUCUCAUCCGCGCGGUCGAGACGACCGCCGCUGAGCGCGUCGAGCUUAUCACGCCGGUGGUCGUGCGCGACGGCAUGCCGGUCCAUGAGUGGCUCGAUGCGCUUCAGAAUGCUAUCCGGACGACGCUUGCGCAUAUGUUGCCGGGUGUGCUAGCCGCGCUGGAGUCGCUCGUGUAUGAUGUGCCGUCCGUGACGUCGUGGCUGGAGAGUGCGCCGACGCAGCUCCUUGUGCUCGCGUGCCAAAUUCACUGGGCACGUCGCGUUGAGCGCGCGAUGAGCGAGAAUCGUGUGUCGAGCGUGCAUGCCUCCGUGCGGGCGCUGCUAGACGUGCAAAGUCAAGUGGCGAUUGCGUCGCCGCAUGUACGCAGGCAGGCCGAGCAGCUCAUGCUCCUGCUGACGCACCACGAGGCCGUGACACAGAGCGCGCUCACCGAGUAUGCAUGGGAGCAGCAGCUGCGGCACUACAUGGAGGAGGGGGGACGCGUCGUCGUCCGCCUGGCGCAUGCUUCGUUUGACUAUGGCUUUGAGAUCCUCGGCUUGCAGGAGCGGCUCGUGCAGACGCCGCUCACGGCCGCGUGCUUCAUGACGCUGACACACGCGCUGGCAUCUCGGCGUGGCGGUGCGCCGUUUGGCCCUGCUGGUACGGGCAAGACGGAGACGGUCAAGGCACUCGGCGCCGAACUGGGGCGCUUUGUGCUGGUAUUUAAUUGCGACUCGCAAUUUGAUUUGAGCGCGAUGCGCCGCCUCUUUGUGGGGCUGUGCCGUGUCGGUGCCUGGGGCUGCUUUGACGAGUUUAAUCGCCUCGACGAGCAUGUGCUGUCGAGCGUCUCGCAGCAGAUCCAAGCGAUUCAACAUGCGCUCGCAUCGUCCACGGAGGCCGACCUCGGUCCACGCGUGCCUGUCCAGCCAUCGACGGGCAUCUUUGUCACGAUGAACCCGUCGUACGCGGGCCGCUCGCAUCUGCCAGACAACCUCGUCAAGCUGUUUGGACGCGUCGCCAUGACGCAGCCUGACGCUGAGCACAUUGUACACGUUCUGUUGCGUGUGCAUGGCUUUACGACCGCCCGCACGCUCGCACGCAAAAUGGUGCUGCUGUUUCAGCUGUGCACCGAGCAGCUGAGUGACGCACCGCACUAUGACUUUGGGCUGCGCGCUCUCAAAGCUGUGCUCGUGCGGGCAGCGCACAUGCAGCGUGGUGACGAUGAGGCUACGGCGAUUGUGCAGAGCGUGCUGGAAACGGUGCCGCCGCGGCUCGUCGCGGCCGAUGCGCCGCUGCUGACGGAGCUGGUGUCGGACGUGUUCCCCGACGUGCGUCCUGCGCCGCCAGCGCUGGAUGCGCUGACAGCCGCCGUCGAAGCUGAAUGUGGCGCGCAGCACCUCACGGCCGGCGGCGCGUGGCUCGACAAGGUGCUGCAGCUGCACCGCAUCCUGCAGGUAUCGCAUGGUGUGGUGCUCGUGGGUGAGUCCGGCGUCGGCAAGACACGCGCAUGGCGCGUUCUGCUCCAAGCCCUCGCGCGUCUCGAGUCUUGUGAUGGCGUCGCGCACGUCCUGGACCCGAAGGUGCUGAGCAAAGAAGCCUUGUACGGCACGCUGGACGCCACGACGCGCGAAUGGACGGAUGGUCUGUUUACGCAUAUGCUCCGUCGGAUCGUCGAGAACGAGCGGCGCGAGCGCGAGCAGCGCCACUGGAUCGUCUUUGACGGCGACCUCGAUCCGGAGUGGGUCGAGACGCUGAACAGCGUGCUGGAUGACAAUCGACAGCUGACGCUGCCGACGGGCGAGCGUUUAGCGCUGCCGGACAAUGUGCGCCUCUUGUUUGAGGUCGAUAGCGUGGCGCAUGCGACGCGCGCGACGAUUACGCGCUGCGGCAUGGUAUGGUUCCCGAACGACGCCGUGGCCAUGUCGAUGCGGUACGCCCACGCCCUGGCCGAGCUGCGCACACGCCCCGUCGUCGACGAUGUGCCUGUCGCUGAGACGGUUGCCGCGCAGCACGUCGCCGACGGCAUCGUGCAUGCCAUAUCGCCGUACAUGGCCGCAGACGCUCUCGUCGACCGCGUCUUGGCUCAGGCCCAGGCACAUACGCACUGCAUGACAUGGUCACCCGUUCGUGCCUUGACGGCGCUCGUGGCGCUCCUUCGCCGCGCGGUGCGCCAGGUGCUCGCGUACAAUGCGCACCACCCAGACUUUCCGCUCAGCGCCGACGACACGGCGAUGUUCGCGCGCCGCUCGCUCGUCCUGUCGCUCGUGUGGGCGGCUGCAGGCGAUGCGUCGCACGAGGUGCGUGCGGUGAUCGCCGAUGCCGUGCGGCAGCACGCCGACGUCCACGAUGUGCCCGAUGCCUCGCUGCUGGAUGUGCACGUCGAGGCCGCGCCGAACGCGCCGUUCCAUGCGUGGAGCGCUCGACAGGUGGACGUCGAUGCGCGUGCGCUGAGCACGUCCGAUGCGGUGGUCCCUACGAUCGACACGGUGCGGCACGAGGAUCUGCUGUAUGCAUGGCUUCAGGACGAGCGGCCAGUGGUGCUGUGUGGUCCACCGGGCUCCGGCAAGACGAUGGUCGUCCUCGCGGCUCUUCGACGCCUGCCCGACGUCGACGUCGUCACCCUGAACCUGUCGUCGCAAACGACACCACGCACGCUGCUGCGCACCCUCGAGGCGCAUGCCGUGUACGAGAACACGCCAGCAGGUCGUCGGCUCGUGCCGCGUGUGCCUGGCCGCCGCCUCGCUCUCUUUUGCGACGAGAUCAACUUGCCUGCGCCCGAUCGGUACGCUACGCAGCAUGUGCUGGCCCUUGUGCGCCAGUGGGUCGAGCAGCGCGGAUUCUGGUGGCACCGCACGUGGAUUGCGCUCGAGCGCAUCCAGCUCGUCGGCGCGUGCAACCCGCCGACGGAUGCCGGGCGCACGCCGCUGCCGGCGCGCCUGCUGCGCCAUGUGCCCGUGGUGUGGGUGCCGUACCCAUCGGACACGGCGCUCCUCCAGAUCUACGGCACGCUGAACCGCGCGUUGCUGCGCCGCGUGCCAGCGCUGGUCGGCUAUGCCGAAGCGCUCGCGCACGGCAUGCUCGCCUUCUUCCGCACGACGCAGCAGCACUUUACGCCGGAUCAGUACGCACACUAUGUGUACUCGCCGCGUGAGCUGACGCGGUGGGUGCGCGGCAUGCACACCGUCAUGCCCGAGGACGCGUCGUCGCUCGAAGAGCUCGUGCGCGUGUGGGCGCACGAGGCGCAGCGCGUGUUCCAGGACCGACUCGUCACCGCGAGCGACCGCGCAUGGAGCGAGGCGGCCCUCGACGAGGCGGCGCGCACGGCGUUCCCGGGCACGGACCUCACCUCGGCGCUCGCACGGCCGCUGCUGUACUCCGACUGGCUCACCCGCGACUGCCGGCGUGUCGAGCGUGCGCCGCUCCGCCGCUACGCACAUGCCCGGCUGCAUGGCUUUGCUGAGGAGGCUCUCGAGACGGAGCUUGUGCUGCACGAUGCGGUACUCGACCUGGCGCUCCGAUGCGACCGCGUCUUGCAGCAGCCCGGCGGGCACCUGCUGCUCAUCGGCGUGGCGGGCUCGGGCCGCACGACGGUGGCCCGCUUCUGUGCGUGGCUGCGUGGGCUGUCGCUGUACAGCGUGCCGACGUCGAGCACGUACGACGAGGCGCGCUUCGACGACGAUCUGCGCGCGCUGCUGCGCCGCGUCGGUGUGCGCGGCGAGCGUGUGUGCUGGACGCUCGACGAAAGCCAGGUGGCUGUGCCGGCGCGCGUCGAGAAACUCAAUACCCUGCUGGCCAACGCCGAAGUCGCCGGUCUCUUUGAGGGCGACGAGUACGCCUCUCUGCUCUCGCAACUGCGCGACACGGCGCAGCGCGAGGGACUCGUGCUCGACUCGGAUGACGAGCUGCUGGCCCUGUUCCGCGCGCACAUCACGACGAACCUGCAUGUCGUACUGACCAUGACCCCGCCGCGCGGCGAUAUGGCACAGCGGGCCGCCGCGUCGCCGGCUCUUUUGAAUCGCUGUACACUAGUGUAUUGUUGGACAUAG